AUGUCUGAUAGGAAGUGUGAAGCGGAGCUAAACGAUGCAACAACAGCGGUUUGUCCAGAUUGCACAACGAAUUUAAAAAAAUGCUUAAUACAGCAAAACUAUGCAGUGGUAAUAUGCCCGAAUCUUGAUUGUGGAUAUCCGUUUAAUCAAACUCAGGCGAUUAACAAUAUUGUAUAUGUAAAAGAAAAGGAAAUUAUCGAAGUCGCCAAGAGCCGGUUAGCAGAUAAAUGA